UCUUUUUUCCUUUUGCCCACUACCUGUUUGACUUAUUGCUCCAGAGAGAAGAGAAUAGCAUCCAUGGCGGCAAUUGCACCUACUCCGGUGAUCAAAGUCGCCGCCCUCUGCGGUUCCCUUCGCAAAGGAUCCUACAACAGCGGCCUCCUCCGCGCCGCUAUUGAAUUAUCGAAAUCGAUUAACGGAUUGGAGAUGGAGUAUGUGGACAUAUCACCAUUACCGUUUCUGAACACGGAUCUUGAGGUAAACGGGACGUACCCGCUCGUUGUGGAGGCUUUUAGGCAGAAGAUUCUUGCUGCUGAUAGCAUACUAUUCGCUUCACCCGAGUAUAACUACUCCAUCACCGGACCUCUGAAAAAUGCAAUUGAUUGGGCAUCAAGGCCCCCGAACCUUUGGGCCGAUAAAACGGCGGCAAUUGUGAGCGCCGGAGGAGGGUUUGGUGGGGGACGGUCUCACUACCAUCUCCGCCAGAUCGGAGUUUACAUCGAUCUCCAUUUCAUAAAUAAACCGGAGUUUUUCCUAAAUGCAUUUCAACCUCCGGCGAAAUUCGACAGCGAUGGUGAAUUGAUAGAUGAUGCAACCAAGGAGAAGUUGAAAGCCGUUCUCUUGUCCUUGUACGCGUUCACACUGCGUCUCCAAGGUAAGUCGUAAGUCUUGGUAGUAUAUAAGCUCGAGUGUAUUUGUGCAAAAUUAUUGAAGGGUGUUCGAAUACUACUGCUGUAUUGAAUGUUCAAUAAAUUUGAUGACAAUGUUAAUUCUAUUGGUGUGGGGUUUGGAUUUUGUUGGUGAAAUUAUAUAAAUAUUGAAAUUUGACAGA